AUGCAGAGGCUUGGAGUUAAAGGUGAAGAAUCUGAUAUCCUUGAGGGGAAUAUUGGAGCAGCAAAAUUCUGCAGUCAGAGAGACAUGAUACCAGGUCAAGAAAGUGAUGGGAGUUCAGCUACAAACAAUACUGAAAAACCCUGUGCCAUGGUUGUCCCUGACAUUGAACUGAUCUGUGAAAUUUUGUUGGUUGUUGAAGGGUUUAUUGAUGUGUGCUUGUUAGCCAGCAAGUUUAGCACCUUGUAUACUCUCUGCAGGGAACUGUUCUCUAAACAGGACCACUGUGACUGGGGACUUCGUGCUAUCAAAUCAGUUCUGGUAGCUGCUGGCUUACUGAAAUGGAGAAACAAGAACAGACCUGAGGAUCAGGUGCUUUUGUGAGCCUUAAGAGACUUCAAUUUGCUUAAAAUAGUGACAGAUGAUAUCCCAAUUUUCAUGGGCCUGAUCAGUGACCUGUUUCCAGCUCUGGAUGUUCCAGGGAUAAGGAACCUGUAAUUUGAACAGAUGGUUAAACAAUUUACCCUGGAGCUUGACUUGUAGCCUGAAAAGAGCUUUAUUCUCCAAGCUGUUCAGCUGGAAGAGCAACUGGCAGUGUGUCACUCCAUGUUUGCUGCUGGAAAUGCAGGGACUGGAAAGAGCAAGGUACCUGCCGACCUACACAGUGGGUGCUGAAAACUGCAUUACACCUACGUGAACACGCAACAAAAGUCCAUUUGGAAUGGCCUCAACCCAAAAGCUCUGACAGCUGAUGAACUGUUUGGUUUUAUACACAGUGCAACACAAGAUGGAAAUUAUAUUCUGCUGUCUUUUCUUCUGAGAGAGCAAACUAAUAUUAACCAUGAGGGGUCAAAAUGGUUAGUUUUGGAUGGGGAUGUAAAUUCCAUGUGGAUUGAGUCACUUAAUACUGUUAUAGCUGAUAACAAGGUUCUGACCCUUACAAGCAAUGAACAUGUGCUGGAGACUCCAUCGAUGCAGCUACUGUUUGAGGUGCACCAUUUAAAAGCUGCAGCCACAGCUACAGGAUACAGAGCUGGCCUCCUGUCUGAACACAAGGACCUGGGCUGGAAUCCGUGAUAUGUUGCCAGCUGGAUAGAAUAAAGGAUACACCAAUCCAAAAAGGCUAACAGGACUGUUCUCUUUGGUAAAUAUGUGCCUCCUUACUUGGAACAACUCAAAACAAACUCUAAAACUGUUGCUCCUAUUCCUGAAAAUAUUAUGAUGCUGCGUGAUCUUUCAGAGAUGCUUGAAAAAAAAAAAAAAAAGGAGGAAAAAGCUCGUUGUAACUGUGGCCCAGUAGGAAAUAAACUUAUCUAUUUUAUGGAUGAUUUGAAUAUGCCUAAAGUGGAUAGCUAUGGUCUACCUCAUGUAUUGAUUCAGCAGCAUAUAGAUUAUGAACACUGGAGACAGAAGCUAACUAUUAAAGAAGUAUGUAAUUGUCAAUAUAUUGCCUGUAUGAAUCCAACUACUGGGAGCUUCACAAUCUACCCUAAGCUCCAGGGACAUUUUGCAGUAUUUGCUUUGAACUUCCUUUCCUCGGAUUCCCUGACUACUAUCUAUAGCAAGCUAGUUUGUUUCCACUUCCAGCAGCAUGCUUUCAGUCCACCAGUACUGAAGAAUAUUCCAGCCAUCACACAAGUAGCCACACGGCUUCACAAGGCAGUGAUUCAAAACUUCUCACCAACUGCUGUUAAAUUUCACUAUGUCUUUAACCUGAGAGACCUCCCCAAUGUCUUACAGAAUGUGGAAGACCAAGCACUGCUGCAACUUCUGUUCAUCUAUUGCCAUUUUGCAAACAGCAGAGCAGCCCCUUGCUACAAACCAGUGAAGGGAUGGGAAGUACUAAGGAAUGUACUUAAGGAGUUCCUAGAAAGCUACAAUGAAAUGCAUGCUUUGAUGAACCUAGACUUAUUUGAGGGUAGCAUGCAGCAUGUCUGCCAGACUGGUCAUAUUCUGGAAGUCCCGGGUUACGUACUUCUGGUUGGAGUAGGUGGUAGUGGUAAACAAAGCCUGCCAAGGCUGGCAGCAUACAUCUACUCCAUGGAGAUCUUCCAAAUCACACUGAAGAAAGACUAUGAAAUCCAGGACCUGAGGGUAGAUCUUGCCAGUUUGUGCAUCAAGACUGGUGCCAAGAACAUGCCCACAGUGUUUUUGCUGACAGAUGCCCAGGUUCCAGAUGAACGCUUUCUUGUGCUGAUUAAUGAUUUGUUGGCAUCAGGAGAGGUUCCAAAUCUGUUCAGUGAUGAAGAUGUGGAGGGUGUAAUUGCAGGAGGUCGAAAAGUCCCAGACGUGGGAUUGACAGACACCAAAGAAAACUGCUGGAGGUACUUCUUGGCAAGGGCACUUGUAAGAAGAACAUUAAAGGAUCAUUCUGUGUUUCUUCCCAGCGGAUGCAUGCUGAGAGCCCCAGCUCGGAAGUUCCCAGCCAUCAUGAGCUGCCUGGCUAUUGACUGGCUUCAGCCGUGGCUGCAGGAGGCCCUGCGCUCCAUCCACAGGAGGCUCAUUGAGGAACCAAAGGGGUCGAGGUACAGAGCCUCCAGCUUGAAGAUCUGUAUGGCAGGGUGUGCGUAUCAUAAACAACGGGGAAAGGAGAGAAAGGCCCCACUCGUCCAGGACUCCAUCUGUGAUUUCAUGGCUUAUGCCCACACCAGUGUGAAGACGCCGAUUGCCAAAUACAAUCGGAAUAAGAGGCGAUACAAUUGCACCACUCUGAUGAGUUUCCCGGACCAAAUCGAACUGUUUAAGAGCCUAUUGGGAUAAAAACAUGAGAGGAUGUUAGAGCACAUGGAGCACUUGGUGAAUGGUAUACAAAAGCUGAAGGCAACAGCUUCUCAGGUAGAAGAUCUAAAAUCCAAACUUGCUUCUGAAGAGGCAGAACUGCAACUGAGAAAUCAAGAUGCUGAAGUUUUGAUUGCUAAAAUAGGGUUUCAGACUGAGAAUGUGAGCCAAGAAAAGGCCAUUGCUGAUGCAGAGGAGCAAAAGGUGAGAGCAAUCCAAGCAGAAGUACAUCAGAAACAGAAAAAAUGUGAUGAUGACCAGAUGCAAGCCGAGCUGCUUCUUGUUGGUGCUACAGCAGCCUUGGACAUGCUUAAUAAGGUAAAGAUUUCAGUUUGAUGUCUGAAAACAAUUUGUGCACUCCUUCAUCAACUCACCAAUGUUAUUGCUGCAGUAAUGAUUUUACUGGCACAUAAAGAUGUGCUCAAAGACCAAAGCAGGAAAGCUGCAGAAGUCUUUAUAGGAAAGGCUGAUGACUUCUUGCAAACUUUAAUCAGCCAUGAUAAGGGCAUUCCUGAGAAUUGUCUGAAAGUCAUCAAGGAACAUUUAUUGAAAGAUUUCAACCCAAGUUAUCUUCAUACAAAAUCCUUUGCAGCAGCUGCUCUCUGUGCCUGGGUUAUCAACGUAGUAAAAUUCAAUGAGCUGUAUGGCGAGGUAGAGUUGAAGCGCUGUGUGUUGGUCCAGGCAAAUGCUCAAUUUGCAGUGGCUACAGAAAAACUAGAAAUGAUUGGGAAAAAGCUUCUUAAGCAAACUUGGAAUGCUAUCCUGGGUGGCAAUCUGUGCAAACUCACAGCUUCAUCAUUUGAGAAAGCAGUUGCAGAGAAAGUCCGAUGUCAAGAUGAUGUCAACCAACCAAACAAAACUAUUGAGCUGGCUGAAGUGUCGGUCAAGGGCCUUGAGUUUGAAAAUGUGCAUUGGAGCCAAUUUGUUGAAAACCUCAAAGCACAAAAGAAAACUUUAUGUGGUGGUGUCAUGUUAGCAGCAGCAUGUGUGUCUUACUUUGGACCCUUCACAAAGCCAUCUCUCCAGGAACUGAUGGAACAUUUCUGAAUUCCCCUUCUAAAGCCACAAGUUCCUGUUCCUGUGAUGGAGGGCCUGGACCCAAUUGCCACAUUGAUGGAUGAUGCUACGACUACAACAUGGAGUAACAAGGGACUGCCUGCUGAUCGGAUGUCAGCAGAAAAUGCCACCAUUCUAACACACUGCAAGUGCUGUUUUGUUAUGAUAGAUCCCCAGCAACAGGGAAUUAAAUAGAUGACUAAAUACAGAGCUGACCUUAACGUCAUACAUGUAGGACAGAAAGGGUAUGUGCAUGCUGAAGGAUCACCUUUGUCUUGUGGAGAGAUUAUACUAAUCAAAACCAGUGAUUUUAUUGAUCCCAUGCCUGAUCUCCUGAUUGGAAGGCAUACAGUUAAAAAGGGAAGGUUCAUUUUUAGAAUCUCCAAAAAAGAAUGUGAAUUCUACAGGAAUUUCUGUCUCAUCUUUCACACUAAGUUGGCUAACUCUCACUACAAGCCAGAACUGCAGGCUCAGACCACUCUCAUUAAUCUCACUAUCACUAGGGAUGGGCUGGAAGAACAGUAGCUGGCUGUGUUGCUCGGUGCUGAAAGGCCAGACUUGGAAAAUCGUAAGUCAGUGCUGGUCAAGCAGCAGAACUGCUUCAAGAUUGAGCUCAAGCAGCUGGAGAGGGACAUGCUGCUCAGUCUGUCAGCUGCCAAAAGUUUCUUAGAUGACAGUAAAAUUGUAGAAAAACUCUAAUCAGCAAAGUCAGUUGCAACAGAAAUACAGUGCAACAUAGCUGAAGCCAAAGAAAAUGAAGUUCAAAUUAAUGUGAUGAGACAGCUUUACAGACCAACAGCCAUAAGAGCGUCUCUUUAAUUCGUUAGUAAUAGCCUGGGCAGCAUCAACCCUGUCUACCGGUACUCACUGAAGGCCUUCAUAGCAGUCUUCCACAAAGCAAUCAAGCAGGCUGAAGACAUUCAGUAGUGUAUCUCCAGUCUGACAGAAGCUGUCACAUACUCAACGUUUGUUUUUAUGAUCCAAGGACUUUUUGAAAAGGAUAAGCAUCUCCUGGCCCAAACUGCUUCUCAGAUUCUUCUAAGAAGUAAAGAGAUAGAAGCACUUGAAUUGGAUUUCCUUCUUCGAUUCAAAGUUGAAUGCACUUACAAGAGUCCUGUUGACUUCUUAACUACUCAGUCAUGGAGUGCCAUUAGGGCUAUGGCAGUGAUGGAUGUGCUCAAGGGGGUAGAUAAAGAUAUUGAAGUAUCCACCAAGAGGUGGAAGAAGUAGGUAGACUCAGAAUGUCCAGAAUGGAAAAACAAAGGCUUUCUAGAGAAACUAAUCAUACUGAGGGUGCUCCAUCUGGACAGAAUGAUGUAUGCUCUCAGGAACUUUGUGGAGGAAAAGCUUGGCUCAAAAUAUGUGGAAGGCAUGAGGAUGGACUUAGCAAAAUCAUACGAAGAGAGCCGUCCAGCCACUCCUGAGUUUUUUCAUCUGUCUCCAGGAGUGAAUCCACUUGAAGACAUGGAGACACUAGGCGAAAAGCUUGGUUUCACUAUAGACUCUGGAAGAUUUCAUAACAUCUCUUUAAGACAAGAGCAGGAGAUAGUUGCAGAGGAGGCAAUCAAUGCCACACAUGGCCACUGGGUUCUUCUCCAAAAUAUUCAUCUGGUAGCCAAGUGGCUAGUAAUCUUGGAAAAACUCCUUGAGCAAUACAGAAGUCACUCUGACUUCCACAUCUGCAUUAGUGCUGAACCAGCUCCAACCCCAGAAGAGCACAUCAUUCCUCAUGGAAUACUAGAAAACUCUGUUAAAAUUACCAGUGAACCUCCUAUGGGGAUACUAACUAAUCUACAAAUUACACUCCACAGUUUUGACCAGGAUACCCUUCAACUGCGUAGCAGAGAACGGGAAUUUAAAAGCAUCCUUUUCUCUCUUUGCUAUUUUCACACUUGCAUUGCUAGUAGACUCAGGUUUGGCCCUCCAGGCUGGAAUCAAAGAUACCUGUUCAGUACUAGAGACCUCACUGUUUGCCUCAACGUCCUCUGCAAUUAUUUGGAGACUCAUACAGAGGUAGGAUGGGAAUACUUGUGUUUUCUCUUUGGUGAAAUUUUGUAUGGUGGCCACAUCACUAAUGCCUGGGACCGCAGUCUCUGCUGUAUAUAUCUGCAAGAAGUCAAGGCCUCAUCUGUGAUAAUAUCUUUCAUAUAUAUAGCUAGAGCUCUUGAAUGA